AUGGAGCGGUAUACAAUUGAGCAACGUGUUUUGUUAAUUAAAACCCAUUAUAAACACGGUGAGUGUGCUGCGGUAACUGUUAGGAAACUUCGUACGAUCCUCGGAUACCGUGAAGCACCAACUGCAACAACAAUAACGAGGUUAGUCAGUAAAUUUGAAGAGACGGGAUCAACUGCAAACAUUAAAAGCCCUGGGCGCAAACGAUCCAAAAGGACGAAUGAAAACAUCGCUGUUGUGAACGACUCUGUCAUUGUGAGUCCGAGUAAAUCGAUCCGUCGCUGUUCUCAACAGUUAGGUAAUGGGAUAAGCUCUUUGCAACGAAUCCUCAAGAAUGAUUUACACUUGCAUGCAUAUAAGAUGCAGUUGACCCAGGAGCUUAGGCCAGCGGACCAUACUAAACGAAGAGAAUUUUAA